AAAAAAACAUGUCACUUUAAUCAAGCGUCACUGUCGCUCUAGUUUAACAAAAGCCACUUAUUUUAUCAUGAACGAAAGGUGCUUAAAAGUGUUCAAGUGACUUCCACUAAUACACCCGCGUACCGCGAUAAGAUCGCUAGUGUCCCGUCCAUUGCGCGCUAGUAGUGGAGUGUGUCAGGCAUGUGUGCGGCGCGUCAGUGAUGGAGCAUGGCGUGGCCGGGCGGCUCGCCGGACACGGUGGAGCUGGCGCUGCGGCCGGUGGACAGCCGUGACACGCUCGAGUCGCUGAGCACGCCGGGGACUGCUGGCGAAACUGUUCACAAUGAAGAUGAAGCAACGACGUCCGGCCUCACGGACGGCGCGCCGGGCGACGUGCAGAACCGCGUCAUCUUCGUCAACAGGCCGCAGCCGCAGAAGUUCCUGUCCAACAAAGUGUCCACCGCCAAAUACAGCCUGGCGUCGUUCCUGCCGCUGUUCCUGUUCGAGCAGUUCCGACGCUACUCCAACUGCUUCUUCCUGCUGAUAGCGCUGCUGCAGCAGAUCCCCGACGUGUCCCCCACGGGCCGCUGGACGACCCUCACGCCGCUCUUCUUCAUCCUGUUCGUGUCCGCCGUCAAGGAGAUCGUCGAGGACUAUAAACGUCACCGAGCCGAUGACGAGACAAACAAUCGGCGCUGCGAUGUGCUCCACCAAGGCCGCUGGAUGUCCCUGCGCUGGUCCGAGCUGGUCGUCGGAGACAUCGUCAAAGUUAUCAACAACCAGUUCUACCCAGCCGACCUGGUAUUGCUGUCUACAAGCGAACCUCAAGGGAUCGCGUUCAUCGAGACAGCGAACCUGGACGGCGAGACCAACCUGAAGAUCCGGCAGGCGUCGCCGGAGACGGUCCGGCUCGACCAUGCUGACGCGCUGGCCGGAUUCACCGCCACUAUACAGUGCGAGCCUCCCAACAGGCAUCUUUACGAGUUCAAUGGCUUGCUUAAGGAGGCCAAUUCCAAGACGAUUCCACUAGGGCUGGAGCAGAUGAUGCUGCGCGGCUCCAAGCAGCGCAACACCGCGUGGCUGCACGGCGUCGUGGUGUACACGGGCCACGAGACCAAGCUCAUGAAAAACUCCACCAAAGCACCCCUGAAGCGGUCGUCGAUAGACAAGCAGACGAACACGCAGAUCCUGAUGCUGUUCAUCCUUCUGCUGGUGUUGUCAGUGAUCAGCGCGGCCUUCAACGAGCUCUGGCUACACCGCCGCGCAAACAAGGACUGGUAUAUAUCGCUGCAGGACGCGGUGAACCUAAACAUUGGUUUUAACUUUUUGACAUUUUUAAUAUUGUACAACAAUCUUAUACCCAUAUCUUUACAAGUCACUGCUGAAAUAGUUAGGUUUUUCCAAGCAAAGUUCAUAGCGUUAGACAGCGAGAUGUACCACGCGCCCACCGACACCCCCGCGCAGGCGCGCACCUCCAACCUGAACGAGGAGCUCGGCAUGGUCAAGUACAUCUUCAGCGACAAGACCGGCACACUCACAGCGAAUAUCAUGGAGUUCCACAAGUGCUCCAUCGCCGAGAUAAUGUACAACCGUCCAGGCCCGAACGAGCCGCUGGAGCAGACGCAGCUAUACCAGAACUUGAUGCGGAACCAUCCCACCAGCCCGGUCAUCAAGGAGUUCCUGACCAUGCUGGCCAUAUGCCACACCGUCAUACCCGAGAACGAUGGCGACAAGAUCAACUACCACGCUGCCUCGCCAGAUGAACGUGCCCUAGUGCUAGGCGCGUCGAUGUACGGCUACGUGUUUACUACGCGGACGCCGAAGACGGUCACUAUAGAGGCGAACGGAGAGUCACUCACGUUCCAAGUGCUCAACGUCAUCGAGUUCACGUCCACGCGGAAGCGCAUGUCGCUCAUCGUGCGCACGCCUACAGGUGAAAUAAAGCUAUACUGCAAAGGCGCGGACUCCGUGAUCUACACGCGGCUGGCGCGCGGGCCCGAGCAGGCGCAGUUCGCGGCCGCCACGCUGGCGCACCUCGAGGCCUUCGCGGCCGAGGGGCUCCGGACACUAGUGUUCGCUGUGGCCGAUAUAUCACCGGCUGUGUAUGAGGAAUGGGCGAACACGUACCACAAGGCGAGCGUGGCCAUCCAGCACCGGGAGGAGAAGAUCGAGGAGGCGGCCAACCUCAUCGAGACCAACCUGCGGCUGCUUGGAGCCACCGCCAUCGAAGACAAGCUGCAGGACGGCGUGCCAGAGACGAUAGCGGCGCUGCUAAAAGCGAACAUCAACGUGUGGGUGCUGACGGGAGACAAGCAAGAAACCGCUAUCAAUAUCGCGCACUCCGCCCAGCUGAUCAACCCUAACAUGCCGCUCAUGAUCCUGAAUGAAGACAGCCUGGAUGCCAGACGAGAGAUCAUCGCUCGACACUUAGCCGAUUUCGGGGAGAACCUUCGCAAGCAGAACGAAGUGGCGCUCAUAGUGGACGGCAAGACGCUCACCUACGCCAUGGGCUGCGAUCUCAAGAAGGACUUCCUGGAUCUGUGCAUCUCCUGCAAGGUGGUCGUGUGCUGCCGCGUCUCGCCCAUACAGAAGGCUGAGGUGGUGGAGAUGGUGUCAUCCGCGACGGGCGCAGUGACGCUGGCCAUUGGUGACGGCGCCAACGAUGUUGCCAUGAUACAGCGCGCCAGCGUCGGCGUUGGCAUCUCCGGCGUGGAGGGUUUACAGGCCGUCUGCGCUUCUGACUACAGCAUCGCGCAGUUCCGUUUCCUGCUGCGUCUGCUGCUGGUGCACGGCGCGUGGAACUACUCGCGCAUCAGCAAGCUGAUCCUCUACUCGUUCUACAAGAACAUCUGCCUCUACGUCAUCGAGCUGUGGUUCGCCAUGUACUCGGCCUGGUCUGGCCAGAUCCUGUUCGAGCGGUGGUCGAUAGGUUUCUACAACGUGAUCUUCACGGCGUGGCCGCCCUUCGCCAUCGGGCUCUUCGACAAGCUGUGUUCAUCAGAAAUUAUGAUUAGGCACCCAGUGUUAUACCUACCCUCCCAACAAGGCCUACUGUUCAACGUGCGCGUGUUCUGGGUGUGGAUGAUCAACUCGCUGCUGCACUCCGUGCUGCUGUUCUGGCUGCCGGUGCUCAUGGCAGAGCAGCACGUGCUGUGGCCGCACGGCAAGGACGGCGGCUACCUCGUCCUCGGCAACAUCGUCUACACCUACGUGGUACUGACGGUGUGCUUGAAGGCCGGGCUGUCUACACACUCGUGGACGUGGGUCACUCACGUCGCCAUUUGGGGCUCACUGGCCAUGUGGUUCCUCUUCAUCCUCAUCUACAGCAACAUCUACCCAGUGGUGCUGAUUGGCGGCGUAAUGCGCGGCAUGGACCGCAUGGUGUUCACGUCCGCGGUGUUCUGGCUGGGCCUGGUGCUCAUUCCCGUGGCUACCCUCGCUCCUGACCUGCUCGUCACUGUCAUCCACAACAGCGCCUUCAAGUCGAUGACAGAAGCGGUCCGCGAGAGCGAGAUCAAGCACCGCGACCCUACGGACUUGCUCGACCAGCCGAGGCACUCCCUCACGGAAACGGCGCGGCUGCUCCAGAACGUGCGCAGCGUCUUCAGCCGCCGCACCACGCGCGUCAACCUCGAGCUUGAGCUGUCCCAUGGGUUCGCAUUCUCGCAAGAGGAGGGCGGGAGCGUGUCGCAGUCGGACGUCAUUCGCGCGUACGACACCCGGCAGCCGAGGGCGAGGCGCUCCUGAAGCUCGGCGUGGCAGGCGCGCCGCUGAACUGCCGCGAGGCAGGCGUGUCACUGCUGACUUGCCGCGCAGAUACGCCUCUACACGCGCGCGAGGCAGAUGCGUCACUGCUGCCAUGCCUCGCAGACUCCGCGCCGCUACACCGCGAGGCAACCCACAGCUGACGCCCCGAGCGGCACACGCCGCGACACCUCGUACAAACUCUGUUGCCGUUCCACAAGACAAAUAUCUAUGUUUCCAGUUUACGUUUUCUAGCUAUUUUAAGAUUGUUCUAGGUUAGGAUUGAAGUUUUCUGGAAAUACCUAUUAUUUUUUAAACAAAAUAUUAUUACAGAACUCUAGACCCAGUGAACCCCAUUAGAAAUGAUUUCAUAACGAUUUCGGUAAAUAUUUAUUUAUGCGACAAGAGAGUAAAGUCAGCUUUUGCUGUGGGUUUAAACUGAUAAAAGAAAUCCAUUCCUGUUUUCAUUCCCGUUCCAAUCCCUGUCAGGUAUUGCCCGAUUCUUGUUCUCGUACCGCUUCUUGUUUUCAUUUUCAUUUCAGUUCCCGAUGUCAUUCCCUUCCGUCCAAUUCCCUUCCCAUCCCAUUCCUGUACACGCCCCAUUCCCGUUCCUGUUGCUAUCCAAUCUUUGUUCCUGCUCCCUUUGUUUUCCAUAAUUUCCUUUACCGUUGUCGGUCCCUUCCGUCCCAUUCCCUUCCUAUCCUAUUCCUGUUCACGUCCCGUUCCUGUUGUUGCACGAACUUUGUUGUUCCCAUUCCCUUUUCUCCCUUGGUUUUUCAUUAUCAUUUCACGUUCACGUUGUCAUUCCCUUCCGUCCCACUCCCUUCCUUCCCAUACCCUGCCUUUCUUUCAUUCCUUACAUUUUUUAAAUUUCGUCGCAAUCAAACCAGUAUGUAUUAUUAUUUAAAACUGCAUGGUCCGUAUUAUGUUCAGUAUACUACUUCAGUAUACAUGGUCAUUAUAUGUCACGCUAACAGCAAAACCGUAUUUUGCUCACUGAAGGCAUUUCUUUUUGACCGUAGGUAUUAAAAUUCUAGAUUAUUGAAAUUGGAUACAUAGUUGAUUGAUAUUAAGAAAAUGUAUUGGAUAACGUGUCACAAUCCCUGUUAUAUUUUUUACACAGUAGCUACCUAAUAACUAUUUAUGUAUUUAUGGAACUGUACACUGUACUUAAAGGUGCGUUUGUAUAAGAGAUGUAUUUUAUGUAGGAUAGUGUUUUAAGUGUCCGUGCGCGCUAUGAGUGGAAUUCAAAUUUAAAAUUACCUUAAAUUACCUUCAGUGUGAUUCUUUUGCAGAAUGUACAAGCGGGCCUGAGAAGCACUGCGAGCUGCGAGUAAUAUCAAAACCAAAUCUGAUUUUAAAGUUUGAAUUCCACCCUAGAUCGCGCGGAGGUGGGCGGUGGGCGCCAGUUAACCGCCCGCAAAUGUACAGAUGUAGUCCGAAAAGAGUUGCCUUCGUAUUGUUACGGAAACAUACGAACGUACGAGUCUCAGUACAAGAUGUACUGACAUUGACU